AAGAAAUACAUACAUAUACUCGGCACCACUCGUAUUGCUCUAUAAAACUCUAUAUAAGAAUAAAACCCAAUUAAAGUCUAUAACAUCCAACACCAAGCGGCAUCCAAAACACAAAGACAGAUAAACAUCCGAAAAUCCUUUGAGAAGAAAAGAAACUCGUGGUGAUUCUCAAACUCCAACCCCUCAAUCUCCAAACAUUCCAGAACUCUUCAGCCCUCACUUUCUUACAAAUAAUCCUUCAGAAAACGUCAUUCGAUCUUUCUCAUGAUAUGCUAGCCAUACACAAACCAAUUCAAUCAAUUCAAUUUUUAUAUAAAAGCCUGUUCCCUUUGAAAGGAUUUAACUCUUCGUCUUCUUUUUUCCUAUAUCCUAAUACCUUCAUCGCCCGAAGUUUCUCGAGGAAAUCAUUUAAUUCCUCCCUCUUUACAAAUAUUGGGUCAUCACCAAAAACAAAUUUAACCAUCACGAAACAUUCUCCAAAUUCUGUUCAACAACAUAUACGAAAUCUUACCAUGGCUUCUGCUACUUCAAUUUAUGAGUUUGAACCUUUGAAUAGUAAGAUUCUUCUAUUCACAUUCAUAUUCAUAUCCAUAUCCAUAUCCAUAUCCAUAUCCAUACAAAUCAUCACAUCCCCCUUCUGCAUCUACCCCUCGUGUUCGCAUGCCUAUCUAUACAAUCCAUUCCCACAAAUCCCUCAAGCACAGUAUACUAACCAAACUCCACACAUCAGAAAAAGGCGACCCAACACCUCUCGCAGAUUACAAAGGCAAAGUCCUUUUAAUCGUCAACACGGCUUCCAAAUGUGGUUUCACACCUCAAUACGAAGGACUCGAAAAAUUAUACAAGGGAAUGAAGGAGAAGCACGGAGAUGAUUUUGUAAUCUUAGGUUUUCCAUGUAAUCAAUUUGGAGGACAAGAUCCAGGAACCGACGAGGAAAUUCAAAGUUUCUGUCAGAUUAACUAUGGAGUUUCUUUCCCUAUCGUAUGUUUCUAUGUCCCUCUUUCAUUUAUUUGGCAUGCAUGCAUGCUCUUCACCCCCUUCCUUUUAUUUCUUUGCUUGUUAAUAAUUCUUAAAACAAUCUGCUAAUUCUCACCUCCGCAGAUGAAAAAAGUCGACGUAAACGGUGACAGUGCAGCUCCACUUUUCAAAUGGCUCAAGGAGGAAAAACCAGGUCUCCUCGGUCUUCAACGCGUAAAAUGGAAUUUCGAAAAGUGGUUGGUGGGUAGAGAUGGGAAGGUUAAGCAGAGAUGGGCUAGUACUACUAAACCGGAAUCUUUGGAGAAACCUAUUCUGGAGGCUUUGAAUGAGACGAAGUCGGAACUUUGAGGUUCGGGUUUUUGUUUGUUGUUUGCUGUGGAUGGGUGUGAUGUUGUGUGGUGGGAGGUCUUUUGCAUUUUUGUGAUGGGUGUUGAUGGGUAUUGAUGAUUGAGGGGUUUGAUGGUUGGUAGGAUGGCAGGUUGUUAAUUGAUGGAUGCAAGAUCUUACAAUGUUAAUGCGGAGUUAAUACCAUAAAAUAAAAAAGCCUUUCCACUCG